AGUGAUCAAGUUUUUGGCGCCGUUGCCAGGGAGUUACGGUAACUAGUUGAAAGAGUUAGGUUGUUAGUUUAGUCAUUAUUUCUUGUUUAGUUGUUUAUAUUAGUAAUAGUAUUGCAUAGUACGUUUUAUUUUUGUGUUUUGUUUUUCACCCACUCUUCCCCCCAAAGGGUGGUUUGUAUGUGUUUAAUUUUCUUUUUAGUGUUUUUAUUGUGUAGAAGCUUUUGAAUCAUGGAUCCUUAUGACUUCACCAAAGUGUGGGGGUAUUCAUCAAUACCCGAAGAUGGUUACCCCGAAGCUUCAGGGAGAAAUCAAGAUGGUGGAAGUCAAGGGUUCAGAUUCUUUUACCGACCCCCAUUCCAAGAUGAAGAACCAUACCAAUGGGGAUACGGAAAAGCUUCCCCAAUCCAAGAAGACUUCCAUCCACAACCAGAGCCAAUAAAUGGAUUGGAAUUCUUGGGUGGAGUAGUUUUCCCGGGGUUUCGAUGGAGCAUCCUCAAGUGUGGAACAUUCUUGCUACACUCCACAAUCUUCGAUGAGCCAAUUGGAGAUCACGAUGGAGUGGUUCAUCCGAGAUACCGAAGCAUGCUCCGAUGUGGAAUCCUCAACCAUCAUCCCUAUUGACUCAUCCUUACUACAAACAUUGGAGGAGAUCCUCUGAAAAAUAGAGAGACUAGGAGAGAUUGUCAAGCAAGCAUGUGCACGACUUGCUCAUAAUCAUAUCCUACCAUUUGAAGAAGAAAAGGAGGUCGAAGAGGAGAGAAGGAAAGUUGUGGAUGAGGAACCAAGCGUCAAAGAAGAGGAAGACCUUGAUCGUCCCCAAGUGGAGGAACAAAUUGAAGAACAAGGCAGGUUGAGGAUGAAAAUGAAGUCAAAUAUAAGGACAAGGUUUGG